GAAAUUCUCAGUGAACAGUUCUGUUUUCUGACACUAUAUCUUUGCUUGGUUUUUACAAAGAUAGAUGACUGAACUUAGUUUCUGCAUAGUUUCACACAGUGAAGGUGACUUGUUCAAUAAUGCCAGAAGAAGUGACUUACGCUACUCUCCAAUUUCCAGAUCCUUCCAAGCUGCAAAAAUUCCAAGAGAACUACAAUCUCAAGAGAACAGAUAAUCAUGAAAUGCCAGAAACAGAGAUGGAUGGUGAAACUGAAAAUAAUGCAGGGGGUGUUGAGAGCAGAGCUGAGCUGGCAGAGAGCAGAGCUGUGACAGGACCUAAGGCUUCAUCAAAAAUGUGGUGCACUGUUGCUUUGAUUUCACUGACCGUGAACCUAUUGGUGCUGGCUGGACUGGGGACCCUGGGCCUGAUAAAUUACCAGAAACUCAUCUUCGGCAACAGAACAGUGGAUGACAUUCAACAAAACACAAUACAACAAUUGGAGAAAAUUUUAACACUGUACAUGAAUAUGUAUAAUAAUAUCUCAAGUGAGCAAAUCAGUUUCAAAAAUAUGAUAGAAGACACAUUACAAGAGCUGAGCAACUUUACUUCAAAACACUGUGAAGACUUAAAGCAGAAGGAAAAUCAUGUUGAACUUCACUUAUGCUUGGAUUCGUGGAUGUGGCAUGGAGAUAACAGAAGCAAACCUCACUUCCAGGUGGAUAUGGACAAUAAGUCAAAUUACAGUAAGAGCCAGCUGUAUAUUAGAUGUCUUCCAUCACCUAUCUCCUGGAUGGAUCUGAACUGUCCUCUCAAGAAGACUAAUGAGGCAGCAGAAAAUGUUUUAAAAUUGUGCAUUUUGACCUGUUUGGACCCCAACAAAGAUUACAAGUACUGAAAAUAGUGAAGUAUGCAGAAUUCAAUGGAAAUUAAAUGGUUGGGAAAUCUAUUGCUCUAGGUAGUUGUAUUUGUGAAAAUAAAGUAGCUAUAUCAAAUUCUCAAUUGUAGCUGAAUGCAAACACUCCUAGUCUACUGCAAUGGUAUGCAACAUGAAGGUGACCAUGUAAGCAGAAACUUUGCAAAAUCGAUCUCAGAAUCCAAAGGAAAAUUUUUGAUUGUGUUGUGGCCUUUCAAACUUUUCUGCCAAAACAUUAAAAACUUCUUACUGCUGACUAUAAAUGUGUAGGGAAAUGAAAAAAAAUAAAAUUAAUAUUAUGUAAUAUAUUGGAACUUAAAAUAUUAGAAACAUUGAGUAUUAAAGUGGUUUCUUUCACUUAUCAAAAGAAACAAGAAAAGUGGUACAACUCCUUUUUGUGAGUACAGUAUAGUCAUGUACAACUUACUGUAUAUAUUGAGCAUGGUUUCUAUCCCUUGGCAACUUGUCAUACUCCUUUUGAAGUUAGGAUCAGCUUUUAACAUUUUAGCCUUUGUGAUGUCAAAGACAUCAAAGUUUUCCAACAGGUCCUUUAAAGUGAAGUGUUUUAUUUUGCGGGCAUCACUUACUUUAGGCAGCUUCAUCUCCCCCAGCACAGGCUCUUUCCUCAUUUAUGCCAAGAAACUGCCUUCAGUAAGUUCUUCAGUUCUUCAGUAAGUUAAGAGUCCUCUGAGAUUCUGAAAUUAUGUGGUAUCAGUAUCCUCACCAUCAGCUAUUUCUUUAUUAUUUUAUUUUAAUAUUUUUCUUAUUGAAGUAUGAUUGACAACUGUUUCAUAUUUGACUCUAUUUGGAUUUGAUUUGCAUUCUGCAAAGUUAUCCACACAUUUGGAAAAAGUGCUUGUUUAUUAUGUGAAUAUUCUGUUACUUCCUUCCAAGAUGUUUGAAUAUUUUCAGCUGCAUGUUUUUGUACUAUAUCUUUUAAAACCCAGCUAAAGAAAUUGCAUAAUCUCCAAUUGCAGUGUCAAUAGUCUGUCCAAAAGUCCCUCUACAAGAUUUUGAAAGCUGAAGUAACUCCUUAGAUUAAUGAAGUUGUGUGUGGUGGUAAAAGGCAAAUUUUCACAUUUUCUCUCAAGACCCUAAGGGAAUCAGGGUGAUCUAGAACAUUAUCUAGCAGUAGAAGUACUUUAAAAGUUAAAUUAUCUUGGCUAAAGUAUCUCUACAACUGAGAAACAAAGAAGGUAAACAAUUGUAUGUUUAACUAUCAAUAUAUAAACAGAAUAAGUGAUUCUCAAUGAGCAAGAUCAUGGACAGAUCUUGAAAGAAGUGACAUGAUUGGUCACUGAUUAUUAUGAACAUCUGUAACUUAUGUAACAGCAACAUUUGUACUUUAUGCAAUUACUCACAACAUAUUGUAGUAAAUGAAAACUGAACUGUGUUGUCGGGGGACUGGUGUUAAGUGAACCAAAGUCCCUGAAAUCUGUGUUAUGGGAACCAUGCAAAGCAAGAACUAUCGGUGCUUCUAAUAGUUUGUUACUGCAUAAUUUGAGUACCUCCACUGAACCUGUAAAUUAUAACAAUUUUUAAAUUCAAUUAAUACCUAUAUUAAUCUCAUUAUUAUGUUUAUUUCAGGAGUAGAAUUUAGUGAUUCAUCACUUACAUAUAACACCCAGUGUCAUUACUGUGUUUGUAUAGAAUACUGGAUUCUUCUCUCAAGUUGUUCAAUGUGCACCAAUGAGAUAUUAGUAAACAAUUAGUUUAUGUUUACUUUUAACUUAGCUAUUAGCAACUUGUUUAAAACUGCUUCAGUGUUUUUCAUUUAAAAACUAUUUGAUUUCUCUUUAGACUUCCUUUUAGUAGCACUCAAUCUUUGUGCUACUACAAACUUUAUAGGAAAUACUGGAAAUUCAUGUGCCUGGGAACUUUGGCAAACAAUUUAUGACACUGAGGAUUUCUAACAUUUACAAAAUCAUACUUCCUCUCCAUGUUAUCACUGUAUUAGCACCUAUUCAUUCCUUAAGUAUGUCUUUCUAUCUUCAUAGAGAAGGAAAACAUUGAUAAACCUAAAUAUCUACUUCUGAUUUAAAAAGCAAAGGAAUGAGGUAGAAGAAUAGUACAAGGAGAGAACUCCGAGUGAAUUAGAAUGGUAGACUAUUUCCUUAAUAUGCUAAUGAUUACAUAUUUAAAAUUGCUAACAAAAUAGUAAUCCUAUAUAUUUUGUGUAAGGGUUGAUAGAUGGAGGCAGAGGUGAGAGGAAAGACAGAGACCAAGUUAUGGAGCCAAGAAGGCCUUUAUUGGGAUC